AUGGUUAAACAUCAUGACAAUUCUGAAGAUGAAGAAUUAGAUGAAGCAGAAUUUAUUGUUGAAAAAAUUCUUGAUAGAAAAGUUGUUAAUGGUGAAGUUUAUUAUUAUUUAAAAUGGAAAGGUUUCGAUGAUACAGAAAAUACUUGGGAACCUGAAAUGAAUCUUGAUUGUCCUGAAUUAAUAGCUGAUUAUCAUAAACGAUCAAAAAAAUCUUUAGAACCAAAUGAAAGUAUUGAUUCAAAUAAACGAAUGACACAAGAAACUGCAACGAAUGAUCCAUCGAAAAAAAUUAAACGUGCAAAUGAUUAUGGUUAUGGUAGAGGACUUGAAAUUGAAAAGAUUCUUGGAGCCACAGAUGUCUAUGGUGAAUUAAUGUUUUUAAUUAAAUGGCAAUCAACAGAUAAACCAGAAUUAGUUCCAGCUCGAAUUGCAAAUAUUAGAAGUCCACAACAAGUUAUUCGUUUUUAUGAAGAUCGUUUAACAUGGGCAAAUACAGAAGAUAAUGCAUCAGAGAAAUGA